CAAUUGCUUUCACUUCUCUUUCUUACCUAUUAUAAUCUAUCAUUUUUGGUUUGUUGUCUUUCAUUAUCAACUCCAAUUCCUCGAAAUGUCCUCGAAUCAAAUCAGAUUUGAUAACAAAGUGGUUGUUAUCACCGGUGCUGGCGGUGGUUUGGGUAAAACAUACGCUUUAGAAUUCGCAAAAAGAGGUGCAAAAGUCGUUGUUAACGAUCUUGGUGGCUCUUUAUCUGGAGCUGGUAACUCAUCAAAGGCUGCUGAUUUAGUUGUGGAUCAAAUUAAAAAAAAAGGUGGAAUUGCUGUCCCCAAUUAUGACAAUGUCGUAACCAACGCUGAAAAUAUUAUUAAAACUGCUGUUGACGCUUUUGGAACUGUUCAUAUAGUCAUCAAUAAUGCCGGAAUACUAAAGGAUUCAUCCUUUAAAAAAUUAUCUCAAUCGGAUUUCACAAAACUAAUUGACGUUCAUCUUAAUGGUUCUUAUAAACUAACUAGGGCGGCUUGGCCAUAUAUGAGGAAACAGAAUUUUGGCAGAAUCGUUAAUACUUCUUCUCCUGCCGGUUUAUAUGGUAAUUUUGGUCAAGCAAAUUACUCUGCUGCAAAAUUGGCUUUAGUUGGCUUCACCCAAACUUUAGCUAAAGAAGGUUUUAAAUAUAACAUUUUUUCAAAUGUCAUUGCCCCACUAGCCAGAUCAAGAAUGACUGAAGAUUUGCUACCUCCUGAUUUACUAGAAAAGAUUUCUCCUGAAAAAAUCGCUCCUUUGGUCUUGUACUUGUCUUCUGAUUCUUUGAAAUCUCCCCAAGAUACUGGCAGAAUUUAUGAGCUCGCUGCUGGUUAUUACUCUCAAGUCAGAUGGCAAAGAUCCUCUGGUCAAUUAUUCAAAACCGAUAAGUCUUUCACCCCAGAGACUAUUCUUUAUAACUUUAAAUCAAUCAUGAAUUUCAAUGAUACACCAUACAAUAAAGUUGAAUAUCCAUCUCAACUACCCGAUUAUUUAUCUCUAUUGCAAAAAUCUCAAAAAGUUUCUAACAAUAACCAAGGCACCACUAAAGUUUCUUUAAAGGAUUUAGUUGUCUUAAUAACCGGCGCUGGAGCUGGUUUAGGCAAAGCCUACGCCUUAAUGUUAGCCAAAUAUGGUGCAAAAGUUAUCGUAAAUGAUUUAGUCAAUCCUUAUGAUACAGUAAAGGAAAUCAAAUCUCUUGGUGGUGAAGCCUAUCCUGACAAACAUGAUGUCUUUAAAGAUUCAGAACAAAUAGUUGUCGACUCUUUAAAGAAAUAUGGCAAAAUUGAUGUCUUGAUUAAUAAUGCUGGAAUUCUACGUGAUAAAUCUUUCCUUAAAAUGACUGACGACCAAUGGAACAUUGUCUUGAAUGUUCAUUUAAUUGCAACUUUUAAACUAUGCUCUUUAGUCUGGCCAAUUUUCUUAAAACAAGGAAGUGGUAGAAUCAUUAAUGUCACCUCAACUUCUGGUAUUUAUGGCAAUUUUGGUCAAGCCAACUACGCUUCUGCUAAAGCUGGUAUCUUGGGUUUAUCAAAAACUUUGGCAAUUGAAGGUAAGAAAAAUAAUAUUGAAGUUAAUAUUGUUGCUCCUCAUGCUGAAACUGCAAUGACAAAGACUAUUUUUACCGAAAACGAGAUUAAUAGAUUCCCACCUGAACAUGUUGCUCCAAUUUUUGUUUUGCUUUCUUCUCCCCAAUGUCCUGUUACAGGAGAAUUAUUUGAAAUCGGUGCAGGAUGGAUUGGCAAUGUAAGAUUUCAAAGAGCAAAAGGUGCUAUUUGCAAGUCGGAUGCAACCCCAGAAUUUAUUCGUGAUUAUUGGAAUGACAUUAUUGAUUACUCAAAACCUUCUACAAUUCGUUCUACUACCGAAUCAACAAUGAGUAUUAUGGCUGCAAUUAACGGUGAUUCUGACGAAGGAGAAGAAGAAGAAGAAGAAGAAGAAGAAGAAGAAGAAGAAGAAGAUGAUAAUGAUGAUGAGGAAAAAGAAGUUAUUAAUAAAGAAAUUGGUGUUUAUAAUUACAAUUAUCGUGACAUUAUCUUGUAUAAUCUCAGUGUUGGAGCCACAGCAAAAGACUUGCAAUAUGUUUAUGAAAAUGAUCCAAAAUUUCAUCCAAUUCAAUCAUUUUCUGUUAUUCCAUUUAUGAAUGAAUUCAUGGGGGAUGGAAUUACAGGUUUAGAUAUUGGCGAGUUGUUGAAUAAUUUCAAUCCAAUGAUGUUAUUACAUGGUGAACAAUAUAUUAGAAUCAAUAAAUGGCCCAUUAAGAAAUCUGGUUCAUUAAUUUCAAAAGGAUUUCCAGUUUUGGUUACCAAUAAGAAAAAUGCAGCAAUUGUUGUUGGUGGUAUUGAGACAUUUGACAAAAAGACUAACGAGUUGGUAUUUUAUAAUGAAAUAACAACAUUUAAUAGAGGUGCAUCAGCCAAAGUUGAGAAAUCUUAUAAAAGAAGAUCACCAUUUGCAACGGGUGCACAUAAAAAACCCGAUAAUGAAAAACCCGAUUAUAGUAUAAUUGUCAAAACUAAUAAAGACCAGGCAGCACUUUAUAGGUUAACAUCGGAUUAUAAUCCAUUACAUAUUGAUCCCAAGAUUGCUAAAAUGGCUAAAUUUCCACAACCAAUUUUGCAUGGUUUGUGUAGUUUUGGUAUUACAGUCAAGGCUAUUACAGAAAAAUUUGGAUUAUUUGAGGAGAUUAAAAGUAGAUUUACAAAUGUUGUUUUCCCUGGUGAACAGUUGAAGAUUGUUGCAUGGAAAAAAGGUGAUGUUGUGAUUUUUGAGACUUGGUCAGUUGAAAGAAAUGUUUGCGUUAUUAGUAAUGCUGCUAUAAAAUUGAUAAAUAGUAAUAUUAAAUCCAAGUUAUGAGAGUAUUUUGUGAUGAUGAAUUUUUUUUGAUUUUUUUUUGAUUUUUUUGUAUAAGUGUGAGUAACAAAUUUCUAUUAAUAU